AUGGAUCCACCGCCACAGCGCUCCAAUUUAAAGCGCAGAGGCACCAAGCUCUCGAUGGGCAACUUGAUGGAUAAGCUCCACAUCAAGCCUGGGGCCAACGCGCCCAACGCGAGCUCGAAAGGUGCAUCCACUCUAGUGAACAGCGACGACACACCACCAACCUCGGUCCCAUCGAUUCGGUCGCUCCCACCCCCCACCGAGAAGGCGCUGCCGUUCGCACCGCCCGAGGUCCAGACGCCACACUCUCUGGCUUUUGAUCCGGUAGAGGCGCCAGUGGCACCGCCACCAGAGGCCGUUUCGCGGCCCUCGCCACCGUCGCCGGACGAAGACAGUGUGGCGAAAGGCUAUCAUUCGGACGAGCUGCGUGCGCCUGGACAGUUUCCGACAGGCCAUGACGCAUCUGACUGCCCGCAGCAUGAGUCGUGGCUGUCGUUCUUCACACAUCACGUCCCUGCCCUGUCCGGUUGGUCAUGGGAAGGCGAUCAUCUCGAGCCCAACAUGCGCCACCGCUUUCACGGGCACCACCGGGAUGGGCACGGCUCUGCCUCAGAAGGUGUGAAUACCGACACCGAGUUCCCGUUUAUCGAGUCGGAAGUCGAACUCGACUCGCCUGGGGACGACGAGGCAAACGGCGCGGCGCGCGAAGACUACUUCUCCUACCCCACCCACCGCAUGAACAAGAAGAGAAACUGGCACAGCGGCACGCCCCUUGCGCACCCGUUUUCUCGUGCGUACAACCGCCGCGGAAAGCAGCAUCCGCGCGAUGGCAGUGAUCGUGAUACCCUUCCUCGACACGAUACAUGGAACCUCAUCAGUGCGUCCGAGUCGCCGAUUGCCUCGGCGGCAAAUGGCGCGCCUGAGCUGCAUCCCAGCGCGCCCCACUCGCAGUCGCUGAGCAAGACGCUGCAAGAGCUCGACGAAGUCGAAAUCAAGACGUUCUUGCAAAACUUUUCGCGGCAUACGCGCGAAGUCCGCCUGCUGGGCAGCACGCAGCACUUUUCGCGCAUGCCGCAGUGGGACGACUUUGCGUACUCGUCAGACGAAGACGAUGAGAAUACGGAAGAGGACUCCGAGCAGGCGGCGCUGGCGCAGCUCGAUCCGCACAAGCGUUCCAAACUGCUGAUGCACAUUGACCGUGGUCUGCAGCAGCUGCAGCCGAGUGGUGCGCCGCCGGAGCCAAUGUCGGCGUGUACGACGCCUGGCGAGCGCCACAACCGCCUGACGGGGCACUGCGUUAUGGAACCGAGUGCGGGUACGUCGCUAAAGCGUUCCAAUUCGGCUGGUGAGAUCCUCGACAAGCACGACGAAGACCAUGUUGAGUUGGAUGGUCCUCUGCAAGGCAUUGUAGAGGGCCUGCUCCACAAACCGGAGGUCACGACGACCGUCUGCUCGCCGGUGGACGAUUCGGACCAGUACGAAAGUGCGCCAAACUCCGGCGCCGAGGGCCCGACCCUCAAACGGGCGCGUGUGUCGACGCACACCACCAAGAUCCCCUCGAAAGAGGACCAUGUGGAUGGUGUGGCGUUUUGUAUUGCCUAUAUCCUUGCCUUUAUCGAACGAUACGCGCCGAACGACUUGGACGACGCGCCGGUGACCAAGUACAGCGAAACCCGUGCGCGCUCGCACGUCGAGCGUCUUUAUAUCAUUGCACCGUUCUGGGAGCAACUGCUGACGUACCUGCGCCGUAUGUACUCGUGGGAGGACCCGACGCGUACGGCGGCCGCGGCGAUGAUCUACUUUGUUUUGUGGUACACUGAUUUGCUCUUUACGGCGUUCUUUGUGAUGUUGAUCUACCAUGUGCUGCAGUUCCGCUUCCUCCCGCCGGACGAGUCGUACCUGCACCAGCGUGUGCAGGAGCGCAUGCACCGUGGUAUGGAUGCGAACCGCCUGGCGGAGCGCCUGAAGCGCAGCAGUCGUCUAGACAUUCUGGACAUUUACAAGCGCUGGCAGAACACCUACGGUGUCGUGUCGCAGGUCGCGACCGGGGACGUGGCCGACUACCACGAGAAGAUCAAGAACAUUUUGCUGUGGCGUAACCCCGCGACAAGCAAGCGCACCGUGGUCCUCUUGUCGCUCUCUGCUGCGUUUGUCACGUUCUGUUCGGCGCACACCGUGGUCAAGACGGUGCUCUUUGCGAUUGGCUUCUCCUUCUUUGCGCUGAUGCCGCUGCAGGAGCACUAUCCCCGCUAUCGCCGCCCCCUGAACCCCCUGUGGUGGCUUGUGCUUGGCUCGCCGACCGAUGCGCAGUACGCGGUGCAGCUCCUGCGCCAGCGCCAUCUGAACUAUCAAGAGUGGCUGCAGCACAAUGCCAACGACCCCAGUGCGGCUGGCACGCCGCCCCAGCCGAUGCUCGACGGCUUUGCGAGCCUGGAUUCUUCGCAAACCCAUGCUGUGCGUCGCGACGAAUCGGAGCCCAAGACACCGAUCGCGAACCAGGCGCCGAUGAGCAAGAAGCGCCUGGGCAGUUUCCUGUGCCAGCACCAUGGUGUCCCCGGCCAUUUGAUUGUGACGACCACCCAUCUCUAUUUCUCGCCUGUACAUGUGGUGGGCAGCUCCGGAAAGCAUUAUGUGACGCGCUUUGACGACGUGGUGGGCCUGCGCAAGACCAACUCGCUGCGCUUGUUCCUCUGGAGCAGCAACGGAAUGAAGAUUUCGCGGCGGAACAAAAACUCCCUGCACCUUGCCAACAUGUCCCACCGAGACGAUGCCUUCAAUCUACUUCUCGCGCUCGGCUCUGAAGUCUGGCGCAAAGUGUAG